AUGCCAAUCCUACGACGACCAAUGCGCCGCUCGCUCGUACAUGAGCUACAGACACGAGGCAGUCUGUACCUCGGUCUCUUACAUUUCUCGGUGCUGCGUCGUGUGCGAACGCCGGUGCUUCUGUUCACGCUCUACGCGGGCGCGAUACACGUGUUGCUGCUGUGUAGGUCCUUAUCGGUUCUGCUUCCCCUCGUUUUGGAGUCGUCUUCUUGAUGUUGCUUGUGUAUCCGAAUUGUUGCGAGUUGUAUCCGGCUAUGGAAGGCAUACUGAUCGGCAUCUCAGCCUUCGCGACCGUGUCCUACAGCGUACGAGAUGCCCAGAUUCACUUCGGGCGCUUCCUCGGUGGUCGCAACUCUGAAUUUGGUCUUGGCGUUGCUCGUCUCGUUCCGAUCUUCCUCGAGCUACGAUCGGUGGUACGAAGGUAGGAGACAAUGGGCAUCGCUCCAAUCCACCUCGCGCACGAUCCUCCGCUUGUUUUAUUUUUCGCUGCCCCCACCGGCCGCGUCGCCGACGGGCUCGGCAAUCAUGGUCCAGCAGCACUCCAAGGUAGUGAACGAGCUGUGUGCUCUCGUGUGUGCAUUCGCAUACGCGACGAUGUACCAUCUUCGGGACGAGCCGGGUGUCGACCAUCCCGAGUUGCAGCGCCUCAUUCCGCCGAGUUUGCUCCGCGCCUACAAGGAGACGCCGCGACAACUCCGGCGUGACCCUUCCAUCGAUGGGUCCAAUGUCCACCACUCGACCGCCUCGGAGACGACAAGGGCCCUCGAAGGACUCAACACCGUUCCCGAUCCGGCGGACGCUCUUCCCUUCGCCCUGCUCUCUGGAGCGCCCUCGAACUUGCCUGUGAGUGCAGCGCAUCGAAUUGUCGAACACCCUACGGGCCGUCUUGGCUGAGCUCGGGCCACCUCAUCGUGAUUCCUUCGAGCAGCUUUCCUUGAUUCGGGCCAUCCAUGGGUACCUCAACGCGGUCCAUGCGACACCCAUGGCUUCAGCAGGCUCUCCGAACCCGCAGACCCCCGCAGUCGAUGGGCCGACCUACGCUAACGGGCUGAAUGCGAUUCGUGAUUUCUCGGACCAACUCACUGCGCUCGAGAGGAUCCGCGACACGCCGAUUCCCCUCGUCCUCGAGAUCCAGCUCCAGUUCUUGCUUCUCGUCUACGUCGCGGCUGUGCCUUUGCAGUGCGCCAAGUUGGGUAUUUGGUCGAUACCCGUCACUGCGGUGGCGGCGGCGGUCUUUUACGGCGUUGAUCGUGCCGCUGAAGAAUUGAGCGAUCCCUUUGGCAUAGAGCGUGAGUCCUCACGAGUUCACUGAGAUUGAUCCACUACGGAUCCAAUCCUAAUAGCUGACGGAGCUUCGCUGUCUCGUACCGCCAGCCAACGACUUGCCGCUCGCGAAACUAUGCGCCGGCAUCCAUCGCGAGUACAUCGAACUGGUAGGAGCGGGCACCCUCUCCGGCAGCUAUGGGAACGAGUGGGUGCCCUCGUUGUCUCGCAAAGAGAGCUAG